AUGCCGCUCACGGAGUUUGAAACGAAAGAGAAGUAUCGUUAUCAGAACGGCUUUGACUGCCACUUUGAAUCAGAAGCGAUCAAAGGUGCCUUGCCCAUUGGUCACAACUCUCCCCAGGCGCCGCCCCUUGGUCUCUAUGCCGAGAAGCUGUCCGGCACCGCCUUCACAGCUCCCAGACACGAAAACAAGCAGACAUGGCUGUAUCGCAUUUUGCCCUCGUGCGCUCACCCGCCGUACCAGCCUUCCCGGGCGGGCUUUGCCCCGGAUCUCGUCAAAACCGAAGGCUCCAAGAUGUACUACAUUCCCAACCAGCUGCGCUGGGAUCCUUUCAGCCACGACGAGUCCAAGGACCACGACUUCGUGUCCGGCCUGAAGCUCGUUGCUGGCGCCGGUGACCCUACUCAGAAGCAGGGCCUCGGCAUGUACGUGUACGCCGCGGGCAAGGACAUGGACGAGCAAGCAGCCUAUUACUCCGCCGACGGCGACUUGUUGAUUGUUCCCCAGGAAGGCGACCUCGACAUCCGCACCGAGCUCGGAUGGCUGCUCGUCAGACAGAUGGAGAUUGCCGUGAUCCCCCGCGGCAUCAAGUACAACGUCCGCCUCGCCUCGGGCCCAGCUCGCGGAUACGCGCUGGAGCUGUAUCAGGGGCACUUUAGCCUCCCCGAGCUCGGUCCCAUCGGGUCCAACGGGCUGGCCAACGCCCGAGACUUCAUGGCGCCCGUCGCCAACUUCAGCGAGGACUUCGGCGCGACGGCCCAGGAGGGCCCCAACCAUUACCUCGUGACGGUCAAGUUCAACAACACGCUCUUCCAGACGACGCAGGCCCAUACGCCCUUCGACGUGGUCGCCUGGCAGGGCAACUACUACCCGUACAAGUACGACCUCGGGCGCUUCAACGCCAUCGGCACCAUCUCCUUCGACCACCCGGACCCGUCCAUCUUCACGGUGCUCUCUGCGCUCACGCCCGUCCCCGGAACCGCCGUCGCCGACUUUGUCAUCUUCCCGCCGCGCUGGCUCGUCGGCGAGGACACCUUCCGCCCCCCCUGGUACCACCGCAACACCAUGAGCGAGUUCAUGGGCCUCAUCCGCGGCGGCUACGACGCCAAGAAGGGCGGUGCCGGCGGCUUCGUCCCCGGCGGCGCGUCCCUGCACAAUGUCAUGAGCGGCCACGGGCCCGACGUGGACAGCCACGAGGCCGCCCGCGCCGCCAAGCUGGAGCCCGUCAAGGUCGGCGCCGGCAGCUGCGCAUUCAUGUUCGAGAGCUGUCUCAUGGUUGGCGUGACCGAGUGGGGGCUCCAGACGUGCAAGAAGGUCCAGGAGGGAUACAGCGAGGAGAGCUGGGGCGGCGUCCUGACGCACUUCAGGCUGCCUGAGGGUGCCGUCGCCAUCAGCCACCUGGCAGAUUCGGAUUGA